AUGGUUCGUCUGGUGUUGAUCUUCGCCAUAGCCGUCAUGGAUUAUGUUUAUGGAAGACCUCCACCACUACCACCUCUGCCCUUGGAAGGUGAGCAUGCAAAGCAUCAGAAAUGUAUGACUGAACGGAAAUGUCGUCUUGUGAUAUAACCUUGUCUGGGUUGUAUUUAGUGAAAGUAGGAUUGAUGAACAUUUUAUCUUAAAUUUAGCGGCCUGCUGAAACAUUCUAACCAAAAGUUUUCUGGUGUUUGAUUUUGUUUUUAAGUUUAAAAGUCCAUUUUAAGUCGGACAAACUUAAUAAAUCUAUAUUCAAACAUCUUGUGCUUGUGACGAGAUACUCAAAAGACCAAUGCUUCUGCUUUCUACCGUCUGCUGUGGUGUUCAACUGUAGACAGUGUUGUAAAAAAACAGUGUUGCAAUGAAAUUGACCAGACAAACUCUGUGAUGACAACAUUUCUACUUUACCCUUAAAGGGAUAUCCCGGCAUAAAAUUAUUUUAGGGUCAAACACACCGUAACACUGAGUUAGACACCCAAUACCUAUAGGAUCCUAGCCAUAGCACUAGUGACCACACAUCUUUUUAACUUUGUCUAAUUUUUUUAGCAAAGAGACUAAACACAACUCACCUACUCUCUCCCAGCAGCCGCUUGUUUGUAGCGAGACCUCGGACCAGUCCAUUAUGGACUGAUGAUCAUAAAUGUUCUUCCUUGAGCUGCGUCACCCCGCAUCAGUCUGUAAUGGACUCGUCCGAGGUCUCGCUACAAACAAGCAGCUGCUGGAAGAGAGUAGGUGAGUUGCGUUUAGUUUCUUUGCUAAAGAAAUUGGGCAAAGUUAAACAGAUGUUUGGUGGCUAGUGCUGUGGCUGGGAUCGUAUAUGUACUGUUGAUGAAGUUAGGUGCUGUUCUGAGCAUUAUUUGUGGCUAUAGAGUGGCAUUUUGGUUGAGGUUUGUUUAUGGCUCCUCAGACCGCUGUGUAUUGCUAUACUGCAGUCGCUACUAAAGUUGAUAUAACUAGAGAAGCAAGCGGUUGGCAACAUUCAUCUCUCGACGGGUUGUUUAACUCGGUGUUACGAUGUGUUUGAACAUCCCUUUAAUACUGCUUUUGUAUACUAUGUUGAGUUUGCAUUACACACAGAAAAAAAUCACUAAAAUAUUCAUUAAUGGAUCUAAAUUGUUGUUUUUGAAAAAUGUAUUAGCAAACCGGAUCGUCGCCCUGACCUUCAUUUUUUUGUCUCCUUGUAGACGGCUGUUACGUUGCAUCUGAAGAAGUGAUGAUAUUUAGAGUGGAGGGUGAGGCCAUAAUUCUCUCCUUCCCAAUGUUCAUGAGCGUGCUGAAGGUUCGCAAGAUAGCCCCAAGGACGGCAAAGUACUUCAUCACAAAGCACAAUGGGACAGACGGUGUGGCCUAUCCAGGAGAGGGGCGAGUGCAGCAGCAUGACAAACAACUGUGGUUCCUCCCAGCUCAGGCUUCAGACUCAGGGGAAUAUACCUGCACUUACAGGUGGGCAUCAAAACCACUACCUCACCUGUGACUUCUCUGGGAUUCCCAGUCAAUGAUGACUGUUUUUUGCACAAUUAAGCUAAAAAUACUUUCUGCUCAACAGAAUCAAAUCUUCUUAUGGAAAUAACUACUUCACACUGAUUUUUGUGUAUUUCUCCAGGAAUGAAACCUACUGUGUAAAGGGGACUAUCACUCUUCAUGUGUUCACGUUGAGCUCUGUGGACCUGGAGAAACUGUCCUAUCCGAUCUUUGCCACAGUGGGGAAAGAUCUGAGGUACAGCUGUCCAGAUCUGAGUGACUUUAACCGGACAGACGGACUGAUAGAGUGGUACAAGGUGAGAGAAAAGAUGCCCUGUCGACUAAACUAAACACAGACAGAUACUGUACGUCUUCAGGAAAGGAGCUAUAACUGUCACAUACUUAACAACAAGGCUCUCUUGGACCAGAAACAAGACUCAAAGCAUCCCUCUUGCACUAAGAUGAAAAGGACUUGGCUAUCACCAAGGGAUCAAAAGUGCUUCUAAGAUGACAGGCAUUUCAUUUGAUCUACAAUACUGAUGUCUUGAAAGAGCGGAGAGUCUAAGAUGCUUGAAGUCUAGUAGAAGUUUCUACAGUCUGUGAUAAUAAUCUGCUGGUGUAGCUCAGCUGUGUUUCGUCAAGUUCAAAGUCAUCAUGCACCCAUCUACCAACAUUCUUUAUCAAGAAGUUUAUUUCCUGUUCCAGCUGGAUUUAGCACCUGCCCACUGUAUCAAAACCUUUACAGUCAUAUUCCUUAUGCCUGACUGGCCAGCCAAAUGGUCUGACCUGAACCCCAAAGAGAAUCUGUGGGGUAUCUACACAGGGAUGGAUGAGAAACACCCAACAAUACAGACAAGCUAUCAAUGUAACCUCUUAUUACCACCUCAGUGCAGCUACAGGAUUAUCACCUUCAAACCACACAGCACUGAUGCAGUAACUUAAAGUAAAGGAGCCUUAAACAAGUAUCAAGUGCUUAAACAAAGAUAUCUUUCAAAAGUAGGACAUUUCUGUAGUUUAAUUCCCUUUUUGCUUAAAAUGAUGAGCCAAGUCACCAAAAUUCAAACAAAAAGAUUGAAAUAUUUUAGUUUACACUUAUAACAUAUAAGAGCAUUAUUGAAGUUUACCUUUCUGAAUUAACUGGAUGCACCUGUAUGUUCUAACAGAACUCCAGCUCAACUGUAGCCCAGCAAAGCAGAGGCAGCUCAUCUCUGUGGGACACAGGAGUCCUAAUGAUACCAGCUGUGAAGCAAAACCACGAGGGUCUGUACACCUGCCAGCUCAGCGUGCUCAUCAACAACCAGCAGUACAAAGUCAGCAGAGCUGUCUUGCUCCAUGUGCAAAGUGAGUAACUUUAGUCAAAUCCUUAUAACAAUAAUCCUUAAACUGCAGAUGUCUGGUUUCUCUUGAUAGCACCAUAAAAAAGUGAGCAUGUCCUGCCCUCUAGUGGUCAAAUGGUUACAACACACUAACUCAGAUACGCCACAGGGGCCGCACAGUCCACUUCCACAUUGCUUGUGAAAUAUAAUCAAAAUGUAAAAUAAGUCAUUGUUGCUGUCGUUUUAAAAAGGAGCUUUAAUGGUUGUGUUAACAUAUCUUAAAUUUGUGUGUGCAGGUGCAGACCCUGUUGUCCCUACCACUGCGCCUGAUGUUUCCAUGACCUCUAACCAAGAGCCAACAGCCAGCAGCAGCAGCACUCCUCACUGUGAGUGUUUGAACCCUCUCUAAGACCAGAAAUGUCCCUCUAGAGAUUAAAAUAAUAAUAAUUAAUAAUAAUAAUAUAAAUGCUGCUAUUGAUUAACUGUAUUUUCUUAUGACACAGCUCAUGUUAUUCCACCACCUGUGAUUGUCUCACCCGUAAACGGAACCAUUUUGGAGAGUCUGCAUGGUAAGUAAUGAAAACAUUCAGUCCUAAUAAAUUUUCCCAUCUCAAGAUUGUUUAUAUAAAGAGGAUUCAGGACUUUACAUCUCAUAAUGUUGAAUUUCCUGUGAAUCUGUUUAGGCGCAGGACUGGACCUGUUCUGCAAAGUGCUCACUGACUGUCAAAUGUCAGAUUCCACUCUGGUAACAUGGCAGGUCAACGGCCAAUCGGUGGAGUCAUCAUACCUUAAUGGGCGGGCUCUGCAAGGGGGGAGGAGGUAAUUGCUGAUCACAGUAUUGUAUUAUGCUUAAAUAAUCAAGUUCUUGGUACCUGGUAAUUGAAGAAAAGUGGAUAGCUUUAUGUAUCCUCCACUGGCCGACCAUCUCAAUCAUCAUCCAUAUCGGCACGAGUCAUUAAAAUGUGGAUUCCAGUAGAGUCCAAUCAAUUUGCUUUUGUAUUUUCUUUUUGAAUGUAAGUAAAUAUUAGGUAUGCAGAGCUUUUUAAAAUAGAUAUGUCACAACUUAAAGAAGGGGAAGUACAAGAAAACUUUCAUAACUGUGUCACGGUAAAUGUGGGUGAGGAGUGCUCUGAUUGAGGGCACUGCCGCCACAGGACACAAAAGACACAUCCUCUAAGGUGUGUCCCAGAUAAAGACACGAUUCUCUUCAACCACAAAAAAAAAAAAAAAAAAAAAAAAACAGUUAAGAGAGGUGAUUGCCUCAUUGAAGACUGAACUGAACACUAAAUAUUUUUCAUUUUAGGAUAAAUGCCUGUUUGUCCACAAUUAACACAAAUCUUCAUAAUUUUGGAUUUUUUUCCCCAAAAAACAUAGUGUGAUCACAAAAACAUCCUGCCUUGAAGUUCAUCCUCACUUUCACAUGUUAACAUUUCAUUCUCAAUGUUUCAGCGUGACCAGAGUGUCUGAGGGCUGCCAGGUGGAGAUGAGACUGGUUGUUGUAGCGGUGAAAGAGGAAGAUGCAAAGACGGAGCUGAAGUGUAUCACUGAGAACCAAGGAGGGAAACAGGAAGUGUUUGUACAGCUUUACCUAGAAGGUGAGUCAUGUUUGUAUACAUGUGUUUACUGUGUAAUUAAGUACAACAUUUCCUGUGUUCCUGGUUGUAGUAGAAACCUCUGUAAACCAGGGGGAGAGCCUCCAUCUCGUACUUGUGAUGUAAAAUUCACGGACAGAUACAAACCAGUGUGUUAGACUUUGUCUUGGUAUACUCUUUGGAGAGUAUACUCUUGUAUACUAAUGAUUAAUAAAAUACCACAAAGAAAACAGUCGAGACCUGCUCCACAUGUUCAGCAUCAAGAGAUCUCUUUUGUUCUGACUUGAUGAUAAUCUUUGAAGUAAAGUUGUUAAAUACAUUCAUAUACCUACCUAUUUUUCUCUUCCAGACUCCACGUUCACAUGGUUGGUGUUUGGUGCCCUGGCUGCAUCCUGCUUUCUGGCCGUGGUUUGCAUCUUCCUCUACGUCCUCUUCAAACCUAAGAGGAAAAAGAAAAUGGAUUACUUUCUGGCUCGGCAGAACAGCACCUUCUAG